GUAAGGUAGUAGGUCCUCCAGCGUGUGAGAGAAUAUCAGGGAAAUGGUCAGAAUGCUCUCAGCCGAAAUGUGGAGCGGGUGUGUCUGUACGCUGGACAACAGAUAACUCAGAGUGUCAUCCCAUGAACCAGACGCGCCUAUGUCAGCUACGCCCGUGCCAGGAUCGUCAGCAACAACAGUCGUUAGCCUACAUCCCCCACAAGUUCUCCAGGAAGCAUCACAUUAGGCGAGGCCACACGUGCAAGGCAACACAGAGACAGGUGAAGUCAGUGCGUCUCCGUGCUGGCUGGUGCGUGAGUGAACAUCGUUACAGACCAAAGCAGUGCGGUGCGUGUACUGACCGCUGCUGUACCGUCCACUCCUCUACCACCAUCUCCGUCGCCUUCCUCUGUCCUCUCCACUACACCAAUGACCUCUCCGCUCCUCGCCCUCGCUACCACAUCCUCUCCAGACUCCUUCGCACACGCUCCCUCGCCCACACCACAACCACCACAACAACUACCACCACCCGCGUCCCAGAUGUGUAUGAUAUGAUGGAUGAAGGUCAACCUAUUAUGGAUGCCGCCCUCAGCUACCACCAAAGACCACAAGAGGACAAACACCUCCACGACCCAGACAGUAACUACUACAAAUACGACCAUAUUGGCAGCAAGAACGACCACAGCGACGAGCUCCAGUUACCACACGACAACUUGAUGGUGGAAGACGACCUGGAGUACGACCGUAUCAAGAGCGAUAAUUACGAGGUGGUGCAUCAUCAGGUGGAGUGGAUCAUGAGGUGUAAGUGUAGCCACUCCUGUGAUCACCAGCAGGUCCCUCAAGCCUCAACAGUGGCGACAGGACCCCCGACGUAACACUUAGGUCACUGACACAACACCUUGGAAGAAACAAUCGACGGGAACAGCUACUUUACUCUUGAUCAACAUCCAAGGAAGACUCCGAAAAGAAUCACCGGAACGUCCAGGUAGUAAUUAACUACACCUGGGGGAGGAAGACGAGGGCAGCUGCCGUCUCGUCCAGGGAAGCGCCCCACCGCCACCACCACCGCCACCACAGCUGCCCAAGACGUCGUAACUGACCAUCCAUCAAUACAUAUCUCUUUAUAUAGUUUAUUAUCCACCACCACCAGCCUCACCAGCGCCCUCUGUGAUAGCUGGCAAGUAAUCAGUGAGACCAGGAGCGAGGCAGCAUAGCAAGGUCUGGUAACACGCACACACUUAAGUAUUUUGAGUUUGUGAGUCGUGUAGACAGUGAGUGGAGGAGGUGGUGUGAGGGACAGGUAGGAAGAAGCUGAGGAAGACUGUCUGUGGCGGGACUCAGUCAGUCACUCGAGACUUCAUUACUCAGGAACAGCUUCACCAUCAAGAGUUGUAAACCUCCCACCUCUGUCGUGAGUUGUGAGGGACUGAUGGUGUCUCAAGCUGUGAGGAGGUGAGGCUGAGUAGCUUAGGGUUAUGUAGUUCAACUGUACACACACACACAUGCACACGUAUCUUAUAGUAUCUAUACAUAUACAUAUAUUUCAUGUCUGUAUGUAUGUACAUAUCUGUAAUAUUUACCCAUUUACUCGGUACAGUAGAGGAUUAAGGAGAUAAUAUUAUAGCGUGGUGGGUCACUCAGUACCAACAAGAGUAAGGAACUACCAGACAACAGAAUAACCAAAUAUAUGAGCAAAAAUAACACUUCACCAAGUGCAAUUGUUGGGUCCGGCGCGCGGCCUGCUGCUGCCGCCCACACACCUCACACACGCCUUGUAGCGACUGUUAAUUCAGAUAUUUUGAAGCAGAAUGUUUACCAGAAUCCAUUUGUCGCAUAUGAAAAAUGCUAAUCUUUAUCCUUAUAGCUUAUACAUCAGUUUUUUCCUUACUUCGUAACUUAUACAAAAAUGCUUCAAAAUAACGAAAUAACACUUUUAAUUAUCACCUGCCAGGUCCAGCCAAUGUUUACUUCACCUUAAUAUUAAUGCACCGACGUAAAUUUAUGCUCGCGAGAACUUAGAGAGAAUAAGUUUAUACUCGCGGAAACUUUUGUUGGGAAUAGGUUUAAACUUCAUAGAGAAUAAUUUUACGCUCGCGUUCACUUCGUGGAAAUGUUAAGUUAUGCCCGCAGGAACAUCGUAGAUAAUUAGUUUGUGUUCGUGGUAGUAUGGCAAGAAUAAGCAUGUGAACCCCCCGCUGCUGCUCCAUCACCCUAAACGGCUAUUGUUAAAGAAAGAACACGGACAGGAACAUGCUGUUGACACAACCAAGACUAACCAAAACAACACAUCGUGCUCAAAAGGUUAAAUCAUCGUUCUUAAAUAGUUAAAUCUUCUUCAUCAAAAGGUUCAGUUUUUGAACUGAUAUAGUGGAAAGAAUUAUCAGUGUAGAGAGGUAAACAGUGUACUGUAUGUACCUCAGUAUCGGGCAGGAGGGCGACAUGAAUAACUACACAUCACUCGAAUGAAAGAAAUAAUAAUAAUAAUAAAAAUAAUACGAAUAUUAGUAAUAAUAAUACCUUUAGUAAUAGAGGCAGCAAUAAUUACAAGUUUAUUGACUGAAAACCAUAAAAUCCAAAUCUUAAGCAAUUGGGCCAGAGUGUUUGGGCAGGCUCCUACACCACCCACCUUUCUCUAUAUCAUUGUACUGUGUUCCUGGCCUGACCGAGUGUACUGUACAUAGUAAAAGUGACACCGACAUAUAUAUCUAUAUCUAUGUAUACUAUUAUUUAAAUAUAGGAUGACAGAGUGCAAUAAUGUCAUAGGUGUUGCCAUAUAUUCGUAAAUUUAUAGUAUAUCCAAAAUUGUGGUGGCUGUUUUAUUGGUAAGCAAGACGUCUUCAUCUGGUUGUUUAUUUUAUGGUGGGUUUGUUUCUUAGCGGUUUUUUCUUCUUUUUCUUAACAUUCCAUACGACCAGUGUUGAACUCUAGUGAAUUUUGCAUCCAUAUAAAGUUUCACCAUUUUGACUUUUGUCUCAUUUAGUGUAAAAAAAAGUCGAAUAUUAAUUAUCAGAAACUUUGUCAAAUAUGAAUUAAGGGUUUCCGUAUGUAUACUGCCAUUGUGUUGUUCAAUGAUGUGCCAGGGAGAUUCUGAUGUUCUAUGGUGAUACGGAGAUCCUUGUGACUGGGGUAAAAGCUUUCUGGAAUGCCUUCAAAGCAUUUUUCCUCCUUGGGGAACUUUUAGAAGCCAAAUUUUUGUGUAUGACUAUGCAUUUGACAACUAGGAGAGGCUGCUGUCAUGUGUAAACCAGACGAUAAUGAAACAUUUUUUUCAUUAUCUAAAACUUAUGUCUAAAUUAUUUGUCAUUAUAUAAUUACCAACAUGUUAAACUGUCGAUUGAACUCGGCCAGAUAUUAAUUAUAGUACUGUAGUUAAUUUACCACUUUUUAACAGCGGUAUAUAUCUGUCUCUUUGAUUAUAAUAAUUCAAACAUCAACUAGGCUGCUGUAUAGAAACUAAUUAAACUUCAUUCCAUGUACCCUGAUUUUCCAAUACUGUUGGUUCAGACUCUGAGUAUCACACACGUAAACAUAGUGAGGAAGUCUGGGAAUAGAAUUUACUUUGUUGAUAUAAUGUUUCAAGAGUGAAGCCUCAAGACUGUGGACCACCACUAAAACUUGGCUGUGCUGUUUACCCGGGGUAUCUGCUUGCCUGGCCAGUUUAUUGUUGUGGCUCCUUCCUCUUGAGUUGUUUAUCACUUCACCAGUCAUAUUCACGUUAUUAAACCAUGCAAAUAACCUGGUCAUCUGAAGAACAUUAUAACAAUUAUUACAUCAACUAAAUUCACAUCACUGAACCAUGCAAUUGACCUGAGUAGAUGAACAUAAAAAAUUACAUGACAACGCUUCCUAUUUUAUUUUUGUUAGUUAAAUCAAAACUUCAUUCUAGGUUUGUUCCGUAAACUGAAAAAAUGAUUCUAACUUCUAGAGAAAGAAAUCAUUUCUGCCGAUUCCUUAUGCAACGUUUUUUUCAAGCAAGAGAAUUUUCCACCUCACUAAUAGAAAAACUUUUGUUGGACAGAGACAUAUUAACUCUCUUGCAUUGGGGGGAAAGUAAUCAAAAUUCUAUAUUAAGGUGAUCGUCUCAUUCUUCCAGUUCGAACAAAAUUAGACACUUUAUAGACGAUAAUAAAAUGAUUUAGCCUUUGAUGAGAUAAACUUCAUAAUAAUAAUAAUAACUUCAAUGGUCUAUGUAUAAUCAAGAGAAUUACUCAUUAUUAAUUCACUUAAUUAUGUACAGUGACUUUUUAUGUCUUUAACCUCUACCACAACAGGUAACACUAUGGCAGUCCUGACUAAAGUUAUUUAUAAUGACAAAAAAAAAUUAUAUACUGACCGCUAUACAGUAUAUCAGGCGUCAACAUUUCUCAACUGUGAUUUAAAACGAGAUGACUGGUCUCUAGAGUUGUAAUCAAAUUAGUAAUAUGAACCAAGGUAAAACUGUUUUUGUAAAAUGAAUCGAAAUUUAAUGGUUAGAUUUGCACAAUAGAAAAAUGUUAAUCCAUUGAAAUUUUAAUCUUCGGUUAUCGCAGUAAUGUCACGUCCGCGUUGAUAGUUACAGAUGAUAUUGUUAUUAUUAUUAUUAUUAUUAUUAUUAUUAUUAUUAUUAUUAUCAUUAUCAUUAUUUUAUUAUUAUUAUUAUCCCUUAGCCUAAAGCAACAUCAAUGUAUACAAGAAGCAUCACAAACAUUAUAUAAAUUUCUCAUUAUUAGUACUCAAGCAGAGUAGGAGAGGAAGUUACCAGAGGGGAGAGAUGCACGCAAGUAGUUAAGUACACUUUACACUGAUAUAAGUAAAACUUAAGAUCACUAUUAAUUACUUUAGGGAAAUGGCUGUACUGUAGUGACCAGCACAGGAAUGUAAUACACGGUGCCUAAAAUGUACUGCACGCUCUCACUUAUAUUGUAACAUUGAAUUCGACGUUUAGAGAAUUGUUGUGUUUCGUCUUCAACCUAAAAAAUAAAUCAUGAGUUUAUAAAGGACAAUUUAUAAGAAAAAAUAAAUAAACUAUUUAAUAAAA